GGAAGACAGCCUAACACUUUCCUGUAAUGGCGGACCAGACAGAGAGCGAAACUCUUGGGUUUAACGACAACAGAAUGGCGCAGCAGGCGGCGCGGUUCCACAGCCCUGCCCCUGCCACAGCCCCUACGCCAGCUCAGACCCCAGUUUUACGGGGUCCUCCACCGCUCCUUAGGCCCCCGCCUCCUCCUUUUGGGAUGAUGAGGGGACCCCCACCAAGACCUCCCUUUGCACGACCUCCGUUUGACCCAAACAUGCCGCCUAUCCCACCACCAGGAGGCAUGCCACCCCCCAUCGGACCUCCUCACCUCCAGAGACCCCCUUUCCUCCCUCCUCCCAUCGGUAACCUGCCCCCUCCUCCAGGGAUGCUUUUUCCUCCUGGGAUGCCUCCUGUUCCUGCAUCUGGAACCCCAGCUCUGAAUCCUACAGAGGAAAUCUGGGUAGAGAACAAGACUUCAGAGGGAAAGACUUAUUACUACAACGCCCGAACCAGAGAGUCGUCAUGGAGUAAACCAGAUGGGGUGAAGAUAAUUCAGCAGUCCGAACUCAACCCUCUUCUGGUAGCGGGGGCCACAGGUUCAGGUGCAAACGUGGGGGCGACUGGGGCUUCUAGCGCCAACAGCAUCAACCCAGCAGCCAGCACAGCGGCGGCGGCCUCCCCCACUCAGGCUCCUAGCUCUACCCCAUCCCACACGCUCACCUCUAGUUCAGACCCCACCACCACCUCUUCACCAUCUGCGACCAUCGCAGCCAGCGCUGUAGCAGAUCUUCCCCCUGUAGCAACAGCGACUUCUAGUGUCGCUGUGUCUCCAGUCACUGUGGUGACUGUAUCCACAGUGCCGUCUCCUGUCACAGCGGUUCAGACUGUGCCGCUGCUGCCAGCAGCCUUGCCUCACAGUGUGGCCCAGCCCACUGCAGCCAUUCCUGCCUUCCCACCCGUCAUGGUGCCACCUUUCCGGGUGCCUUUACCAGGCAUGCACAUCCCUCUACCAGGUGUAGCAAUGGUGCAGAUAGUAGGUGCUCCCUGUGUAAAGGCAGGCCCCAGCGCCAACGGCAUGCUCCCUGGCAUGGGUCCACCUCUAGUUUCCAUGAUGCACCCCCAGCUGACUCUUUCCCCAGCUCCUGCUUCCAUAGCUGGAUCACUGCAGCUUCCUGAGUGGACCGAAUACAGAACAGCUGAUGGGAAAACGUAUUACUAUAACAACCGGACACUGGAGUCCACCUGGGAGAAACCACAGGCCGUCAUAGAGAAAGAAAAAGAAGCAGAGAGGGCCAAAGAACGCCUGACCCAGGAGGAAGCUGAGGCGAUGGAGAUGGAAGAGGAGAUGAAAAUGGAAAACGCUAAUAACGAGAAAGAGGAACCUAAAGAGGAAGAGAUGACAGAGGAAGAAAAGGCAGCUCAGAAGGCCAGGCCCGUAGCCACCAACCCCAUACCUGGGACACCUUGGUGUGUGGUGUGGACGGGUGAUGACCGUGUAUUUUUUUACAACCCCACAACACGGCUGUCCAUGUGGGACCGCCCUGAAGAGCUGGUUGGUCGAGCUGACGUGGACAAACACAUCCAGGAGCCGCCGCACAAGAGAGGCCUGGAGGACAGCAAAAAGACAGGUGUCAGUAAGGAGGAGCCAGAGGCAUCGACAGCUACUGAUGACAGCCCAGAUGAUGAGCACAGCAAAGCCAAAAAAAGAAAGAAGGAAGAAGCAAAGGAGGCCGACUCUGAGAAAGAGGCAGCCAUGGAGGCGGAGCUCCGAGCGGCCAGAGAAAGAGCUGUGGUUCCGCUGGAGGCCAGGAUGACCCAGUUCAGAGACAUGCUGCUGGAGAGAGGGGUGUCGGCAUUCUCAACCUGGGACAAAGAGCUUCAUAAGAUUGUGUUUGAUCCACGCUACCUUCUGCUUAACCCAAAAGAAAGGAAACAGGUUUUUGAUCAGUAUGUGAAAACACGAGCUGAAGAAGAGAGGAAGGAGAAGAAGAACAAGCUCAUGCAGGCCAAAGAUGACUUCAGGCGGAUGAUGGAGGAAUCUAAGCUCACAACCAAAACGACAUUCAGUGAAUUUGCUAUGAAGCACGGCAGAGAUCCACGAUUCAAGGCCAUCGACAAGAUGAAGGACAGGGAGGCCAUCUUUAUUGAAUUCAUGACCGCCAUGAGGAAGAGGGACAAGGAAGAUUCCAAAAGCAGAGGAGAAAAGGUAAGGCAAGACUUUUUUGAUCUCCUGAAUGACCAGCACAUAGAGGGCAACCUACGAUGGAGCAAAGUGAAAGAACGGCUAGAGACGGAUCCACGAUACAAGGCUGUGGACAGCUCCGCACUCCGAGAGGAACUUUUUAAACAGUUCAUGGAGAAACAAGCCAAGAAUGUGGACAUUGAGAAGGAGCGAGAGCUGGAGCGGCAGGCUCGUAUCGAGGCCAGUCUCAGAGAGAGGGAGCGGGAGGUGCAGAAAGCGCGAUCAGAACAGACCAAAGAGAUCGACAGAGAAAGGGAGCAGCACAAAAGGGAGGAGGCCAUCCAGAAUUUCAAAGCCCUCAUGUCUGAUAUGGUUCGUUCUUCAGAUGCAGCGUGGUCGGACACCCGCCGCAACCUGCGGAAAGACCAUCGCUGGGAGUCCGCCUCUCUGCUGGAACGGGAGGAGAAGGAGAAGCUGUUUAAUGAGCACGUAGAAGCUCUGGCCAAGAAGAAGAAGGAGCAGUUCAGGCAGCUGCUUGAUGAAACAAGCAUGAUCACACUCACAACUUCAUGGAAGGAAGUGAAGAAGGUCAUCAAGGACGAUCCGCGCUGUAUUAAAUUCUCUUCCAGUGACAGAAAGAGACAGAGAGAGUUUGAGGACUACAUCAAAGACAAAUACAUCACAGCGAAGGCUGACUUCAGAACUCUGCUAAAGGAGACCAAGUUCAUCACUUACAGGUCAAGAAAGCUGAUACAGGAGUCAGACCAGCAUCUGAAGGAUGUGGAAAAGAUUCUCCAGAACGACAAGCGAUACCUCGUCCUGGAGUGUGUCCCAGAGGAGCGGAGGAAGCUGAUCAUGUUUUACAUCGAAGACUUAGACAGACGUGGCCCGCCUCCUCCCCCCACCGCCUCCGAGCCGACGCGACGCUCCACCAAGUGACUGUCGUCUUUGCAGGCAUGGCCAGUGUGCUGCUCCUCCCUGCCUUCGGCCACAGCAUGACCUUCCCCCAGCACCUCCUGAACCCCAGCCUUCAGGCUGGCCCGCAGUGUUAUUGCUGGGGGCUGAAUUGCUUAGAGAUGAACGGUUAAGAUCACUGUAUUAUGUCACCUCUUCAUCCUGCGUUAAGGUCACAGCAGGGAACAGAGGUUACAUGAUCUCCAGACGACUGUAGACCUCUGAGGGAGAUGGGAAAGCGAUGAGGCUGUCGCCUGAGCAGCUGCACAGAUGUAAGAUAGUUGAUGUAAAUGAAGAUGCGUGUGCGUGUACGAGUGUGGCGCACGCAUGUUUAAAUGAGUAUAUGUCUGAGGCGUCCUUAAGCCUUACUGCUCCACUGUGCCAGUCACUGUUUCAGCGGCACAGUGUGAAUGUUAGUUUCAGCUCAGUGGUUUACUCAAAUGUCGCAGCAGUUUCUCUGUAAAAUGAAAUAAACGCAACGUCCACUGUUUUUUUUCA